AUGGAAUCACAACCUAAAAUUCUUGUCAUUGGCUCACCGGAGGGUCUUGUUGACGAGGCUCUUUGGAAGUCUUUCCAGUGUCAAUAUCGUGUUCGUAUGUACGAUUUCCCCACUCUUGACAAAUUCCACAAUUCUUUGAAGAAUGGAGAAUGCAGUGAUGUUGCUGGAAUCGUACGGCUGGGACUCAAUAUUCCGCAGGGCAUCGAAAAGGUCGGCCAAGGAUGGACACAACGAGGCCUUCCUUUUUUCCCCGAUUCUCUACGACUAAUCGUCAAUUUUGGACAUGGCUUCGACGAGGAGGACAUUAAAGGCCUUCAAAAGAAGGGUAUACAAUUCUUCAACACUCCCGGAGGGGACGAGGCCACUGCCGUCGUAGGCAUUUACCUCGUCAUCUCCGUCUUCCGCCAACUGGGCCGAUACGAGAAGAUGCUGCGUCAAGGGGAUUUCCUCCCUGCCCUGCGAGACUCGGCUAAGACAGCUGUCGAUACCUUGGGCAAGCACAUUGGAAUCGUUGGCAUGGGCGCCAUCGGCAAGGCAGUGGCGCGUCACGCGGCCGGGCUAGGUAUGCAUAUUCACAGCCUCGACCGACCGAAUUUGCGAGCAGCCCUAUCUCUACAGGGUGGCAAUACAGCUUCGCCUUCACUUCCCCCCAUAACUCUUGAGCAGAGCCUAGACGAGCUGGUUGGCAAGGUGGACUGCCUUGUGCUGGCGUGUUCCUACUCGCCCCAGACCCAUCACCUCUUAUCCAAAGAGGUCUUCGCCCGGAUGAAACACGGAAUGCGCAUAGUCAACAUUGCUCGAGGGAAAUGCAUUGAUGAAGAUGCACUCUGUGGAGCGCUUGCGACGGGGCAAGUCGCAGCAGCAGGACUAGAUGUACAUUAUGAUGAGCCUCAUGUCAACCCAGCGCUGCUCGAGUUUCCCUCUGUCACGCUUCUCCCUCACGUUGGAGGUCUCACGUCAGGAUCUAUGAAG